CUCGGAACAUUAACUUUGUUUCUCUCUGCCCAGAUACUGCCAGACCUACUGAGUUUCUGCAGCACUUUCUGUUUCUGUACUAGGAAGGAAAUUGCUUUCUGUGACAUGGAAGGGUUCUGGAGAGGGAAGGCGGUUGUAGUGUGGUUGGGGAAAGACUUGAAUUUUAAUUAAAGCUAUUGGCAAAACGCAAAAGAAUUUUAAAAAUACACAUUUGAAAAGGAGGACGAGGCUUUGAUGAAUCUUGUUAACUGAGAAGCAGUAACAGUGAUGUACUGAAGUGUUUUUUUUCGUAUAAAGUUGUGGGAUGUGAGCUUAUGAAGAGUGGAAUACGAAACAACUGGGCGUGGUGGUGCUCACUAUUUCAUUUCACUUCGAGGGAAUUUUGAUGAUUAUGUGUUCACUGCGGAUAACUAACAUUUUAUUUACUGAAGAGCACAGCCCUUUCAAUUUCCAAAUGCGAAACGCUUAACCAAAAUAUUGCAUUUUAAUGUUAAAAACAACGCAACGUGUUCCAGAGCCGGCGCGUCCCGCAGCGUCUGCACUGUGUUUAAUUUUCGUUCCGUUUCAGUCCGAUGCCCAGCGUUUUUACCGGAUUCAGGUGGCGGGAUAGUCAUGUCCAGUGGGUCCAACUUUGAAGAAGACACGGUGCGAAUGUGUUCCAGCGGGCGCAGCAGCAUCCUCUCUGGAAACGUGUAGCCAGAAGUAAAAGCAUGGAAUGGUCCUCCGUUCCGAGUGAGGGGAGGAGGAGGAGGGUGUGUGUGUGAGUUUAAGCAAACCCGGAGGAGGUUGAAGCUGAUCGGUCCUCAAACAUCAUCCGAUCUCUGAUCGCCAAGGAGAUCAGUGCACGUCCCUCCUCCAUCUCAGGCACUGGAGACUUUAUAAAGGAAGUGGGGAGGGGGGUUGAAGGGUGGUCUGCGAGGUAACUGGCGGUCAGAAGGGGGCUGAGCUGGUGCAGUUUCCGCUGCUGAGGGCUCCCCGGGAGCCGCAGGAACAGGCAGAGGUUUGGGUGUGGGGGUGGGGGAGAAAGAGGCAGGCAGAGCCCGGGGAGCGCUGUCAGUUUCCCCCGUGGUGCUGAAAGGGAAAGCCAACCAUCCAGGGCCAUGGGGGCGCUGUGCGCGGCUCUGCUCCUGUUCUCCUUGGCCGCGCUCUCGCGCCGGGGCGAGCUGACCCCCGGCGCCUCUUACUUGAGCGACGACCGUUACUGUGCGGAGCUGCGGCGCGCUCACCCGGGGGCCGGCUACGCCCGCAUUUCCGACGGCGCCCUGUUGCUGGAGCGGGAGGCCGGCCGGCUGCUGGGUUGCUCUGUGCGCACCGAGCCCCGGGCUGUGAGCUCCUUCAUGCGGGAGUGUGAGCUCCGGGCCAGCCACCUGCCGCCCGGCACCGACCUGAGGGGCACCUGGAACCGCCGGAGGAGAGAGUGCCGGGCGGGGCCCGCACACCGUCCCCUCCGCAGGACCAAGAGGGGCUUCACCUACCCGGGGACCCUGUGGUGCGGGGCGGGGAACAACGCCGACAGCUACGACCACUUGGGCGAGUUCACGGAGACGGAUAAAUGCUGCCGGGAGCACGACCACUGCGAACAUGUCAUCCACCCUUUCGCCUAUUCUUACGGCCACAGGAACUUCAGGCUGCACACCCUCAGCCACUGUGACUGCGACACCGAGUUAAAGAAGUGCUUAAGAAGAGUCAACGACACAUCCUCCCGGGUUGUGGGACAGGCAUUCUUCAAUGUGUUAGAGGUCCCCUGUUUUGACCUCGUCUCCAAGGAACAGUGUGUGGAACGGUAUUGGUAUGGCUGGUGCAAAAAGUAUGAUCAUGUUCUAAUCGCUGUACCCAGGGAGUCUGGGCUUUAUGAUUAUGGAGGAGAAUUGAUUGAUCCAGCAGUGAUGCAAAAUCCUGCUUCAGACAGCUCAACAUCCUCUUCUUCAAUAAGCAGCACUUCACCUUUAACAGCAGCUCCAGAAACAUUUAAACCAGGAGCUACAUGGCAACAAUCGACAGUUGGCCAAGUAUUUCAUGCGGCAGAGGAUGUCCUCAAAGUCAUGGUUUCUGUCACACAGAGUUCUGCCCGUGGCACUGUACCUAGCACUGUGAGCAACACUGUGAAUGACAAGACCCGUGUUGCACUGAACAAAGACAAGAAAAAGGAAGGAAGGAAAAGCAAUAAGAGAAGGAAGGGAAAAGGGAGGAAGAAAAAUCGGAAACUCCAUUCUAAAACCAUCAAAGUAACUAAUAUAUUGCCACUCCUUGAUAAGAAAAUUCAAAACAAAGAGGACUAUUUCACUGAGAUUGAGAAGAUUGGAAAUAAUGAAUUUAACUAUCUUUUUGAUAAUUCUCUGGAUUUAGGAAUAAAGGAAAAUGCAUUUAAUGAUGUUAUGAAUGAUGAGUCUUACAGAGCGGACAGCUUCACACAGGUUUAUCAGAUGCCUUCUGUGGUUGCAACCAAACCUAUUCGUCACAGUUCCAGAGGUGAAGGUUUUACAUCUCUUGCAUUUACACAGGUUCCUAAAUCUGAAUUUUAUAGUGAGGGUGUGACUGCCAAAUCACUGCUCAAAUUGGAGGUUGCACAUCAGUCCCAUAGAGAAGAAGCAUUUACACAACCACCUACUAAACCUAGUCAUGAUACCCACUUCAGCAAACAAACAGUGGUUAUGUCUAGACAAUACACAGCCAAGGUAUCUACUCCACCAAUUGUUCAUAAAAAGCUUGAAGUGGUUACAAACACUAAGCUGAAAGCAAACCAAUCAACUCCUCCCUCAAAACAAAAAAGCAAGAAGUCACGACGGAAGCGGAAGGGCCGAAGGAGAAAGCAUCAAAAAUCUCGACCAGAAGGCAUUAUACCAACUGCUUCUAGCAAGGCUGCUCAUGGUACACUCUAACUAGGAAAGUAUAUUAAAGUGUUUCAUCCAUAUAGGUGCCAAAUGACAAAUCAUAUUGUCUUUAAUAAAAAGUUCGUGACUGCAAAGAAUAUCUGACAUUACAACAUGGUUGUGAAGAACAGUUAGCUUCCUGAAAUAGACAGUGUAUAUAUUGAAGUUUCAUAUUUUUGAGAUUUGGUUCAUUGGUUGGACCAUGAUUUGUAUCAAUGGACCCAAAUACACAUAGAAAGAAACCUUUAUACAGUUUAAUAAAUCUAAUACCUUUUUGACAUAA